AAAAUGAGUCGACAAUCACUUACCGUCGAACGUUCGAGCUGCUAAGAUGACGGCGACGACAGGAGCAACAACAAGGCCAGCCAAAUCCAAAUCCUAUAAGCUGGUGCCUCCCGAUGGCGGCUGGGGAAUACUCGUCUGCAUCGGCAUGGCGUUUCCAUUUAUCAGCGGCCUCUCGUCACUGCCUUCGUUCGGUCUCGUCUUCGGUGACUUCCUCAAGAGCAUCGGCGCCGAAACGAGCUCUAUUGCGAUCAUCACAAGCACAUUCUUCUGCGCCAUGAGCUUUGCUGGUCUCUUUUCCGGUUCGCUCUUUCGCAAAUAUGGCAUGCGUCGCAUGGGACUUGUGGGCGGCGGUCUCUACUGUCUGGGCACAGCUCUGCAGGUGUUUGCCACAUCGACGUUGCAUCUGCUCUUAACGUUCAGCCUGUUGCAGGGCGUCGGUUUCGGACUCAUUGUGCCCACCUGCUAUACGACAUUUAACAAUUACUUUGUGCUCAAUCGUGUCAUGUGGAUGGGUUUCGCCCAGACCUUAAUCGGCCUUGGAGCGAUGGCCUAUCCCAUUGCCAUGCAGAAGCUGCUCGAAUGGUAUGGCUUUCGUGGUUGCCUCUUGGUACUCACUGGCAUCAAUGCACACGCUGUGCUGGGCAUGCUGCUCAUGCAGCCCGUCGAAUGGCACAUGAAACGCGUUCCCCUGGAUGAGGAGGAGUUGCAGCUGCAGCAGUCGAGCACUCCAUCACAGCCAGUCGUUGUCCAUGUGCAGCCAGAGACACCGCUGAAGCCAAUACCAGAGCUGGAGUUUGCCACAGAGUCGGAGGUCCGCGAUUCGCUACCUGUUUCGCACCUGAGCUCGCGCCGCGUCUCCUCGCAUGCCGAGGAACAUGCCCUGCAAAUACUGCGCAGUCGCGCCUCGAGCAUCACGAGUCUGGGCAACUGGACGGGCUCCAUGGUGGUGUCGGAUGCAUCGCCCCAAAUGAUGCACAGCCUGCAGGCAUCGCGACGUCAAUCGGUGAUCAGCGGAUCGCCAGUGGGUGAACAGGAGGCCGCCGCCCCUCCGGCGGAGGUCAUCACAAAGAAGAGUCUCUGUGCCACCAUUGUGGACUUUCUUGAUCUGACGCUGCUCAAACAGCCCGUCUAUGUGAACAUUGUGCUUGGCAUCACCUUUGCCCUCUACUCUGACAUCACGUUUUUCACCAUGCAGCCGACAUAUCUCUUUGAGCUCGGUUACACGAAGGUUGAUACCGCAAAAAUAAUUGCAAUAGGCGCUUCAGCCGAUUUGCUAUCCCGAAUAUUUUUGGCAGUUACUGCGAUUUUUAUACAGGUGCCGGCACGUUACAUUUACUUGGGUGGUGCACUUUUUACCGUCUUUGCUCGUUUCGCUUUCGAUGGAAUCACUGACUUUAUGGGAAUGGCCUGCAUCACAGCGGUUCUGGGCUUUUUACGUACUUGGAUUCACGUCCCUUUACCUUUGGUCUUUGCGGACUAUUUGCCCAAGGAACGAUUUGCAAGCGGUUACGGUUUAUUUAUGUUCACUCAUGGCAAUGGAAUGUUUCUUAUAGGCCCAAUAGUUGGUUACAUACGCGAUCGCACUCAGGAUUAUAUUUUGGUAUUUCACAUAUUAAACGUAUUUAUGGCGCUUUGUGCCUUUCCUUGGGUCAUUGAAGUUCUAAUCAUCAAGUUCCGCCGACGCAGUAAACUUGCCCGCAAUAAUGUUGGCGAGCAGAGCAAUGGUAACAACACAUUGGCGCAUUAAAUGUAAUCGUUUAUAUUAAAUGCUCAAUAAGCAUAUUUUGAGUUGUUUAUAAUGCCGUAUGCACACAUUUAUUAAAACU